AAAUAUUGUGAUCUUGUUAAAACUCGUCAAUAAUAAUGCCUGCGCCACAAAAAUCAACAUUCUUUUCACGUAAUCUGGUUGCCAUAGUUAUGGUGCCCAGCUUAAUUGGCAUACACUUUGGCUGGAAAAUGUUACAAGAGAAUCGCACUUUGGUUGCCGCCGACGAACAAAUUGACUUGCCACCAAUUACGUUGGCAAAAUUCGCGUGGAAGCGACUAACGAAUAACCUCAAUAAUCAGACUCAGGUUGUGGAAAAGGAAAACGGCAGCCCAAAAUGAUAGAAAUCUAAAAAUGUUACUAGUUAAAAACUAUUUAUUGCAUUAAAGUCUAAUGCAGUGAUUAAA